AAUGUCACAGUAAAAAACUCAUUUAAGAUGUCGAAUUUGGGAGAGUAUGACAUGGACUUUUACCAGUCUAAUUAUACGAUUGAUAAUCAGGAGCAGAGCUAUGAUUCCAAUGUUUAUGGAAAUCUUUAUGGAUCCAGAGAAACACAAGCCACUGAGCAGCGUCCGCCUUCCUCUUCUGUUCCAGCAGAGAUGCUCCUGUCAUCGAGUUAUGCAGGGCAGCUCUUUCAGCCAGCAUAUAACUCAGACUACUAUCCACCAUCUCCUUCAGUGGACGGUUUUGAUGAAGAGCCUCCUUUGCUAGAAGAACUUGGAAUUAAUUUUGAUCACAUAUGGCAGAAAACCUUGACGGUGCUAAACCCAAUGAAGCCAGCAGAUGGCAGCAUCAUGAACGAAACAGAUCUCACAGGACCCCUUCUUUUCUGUGUGGCUCUGGGAGCCACACUGCUUCUGGCAGGAAAAGCCCAGUUUGGUUAUGUUUAUGGCAUGAGUGCCAUUGGUUGCCUUGGGAUUUACACCUUACUAAACUUGAUGAGCUCUGCAGGGGUGUCAUAUGGCUGUGUGGCCAGUGUCCUGGGAUACUGUUUGCUCCCCAUGAUCAUCUUGUCCAGCUGUGCAAUCUUCUUUUCAUUGCAGGGCACCUUUGGAACUGUGUCAGCCAUGCUCAUCAUCAUCUGGUGCAGUCUCUCAGCUUCCAAGAUCUUCAUUUCGGCCUUGGCCAUGGAAGGACAACAGCUUCUUGUUGCUUACCCCUGUGCCUUAUUUUAUGGACUGUUUGCCCUUUUGACAGUUUUCUAA